CCCGCGAGCGGUUCCGCGGGGCCCGGGCGGGGCCUGCGCCGCGCGCACCGUCCCGGCGCCUUCCUGCGGCCGCCGCUCCCGCUCCGCCGCCCCGGCCCGGCCAUGCCGCGCCUCCUCCUCCUCCUCCUCCUCCUCUUCCUCCUCGUCCCGCACCGCGGCCGCGCCGCCGCCCCCAGCCCGGGGAACAGCACGGAGCCGCCGCGGGCGGCCGCGGGGAACGAGACGCAGUCGGUGUCGGAGCACGAGCCCGGGCCGAGGCUGUCGGUGGGGUCGGGGCUGCCGGUGCUGAGGCGCGCCGUUUAUGUGCUGAGCGCUCUGUCGGGGCUGGCCGCGCUCUACUUCAUGCUGCGGGCGUUCCGCCCCAGGUCCGAGGGCCCCAGAAACGAGCCCAAAACUCAUUUCAGGUUGAAGAAGCCCCAGAGGAAGAAGUACGGGCUGCUGUCGAGCCAGGACGAGAACAUCGAGCUGGGCUCCCUCGACAGUGACGAGGACACCGUGUUUGAAAGCCGGAACCUGAGGCGGUGA